GCAUUCUCUUUACUUGCCAUCUACCAUUUAUUCAUGUGCAGAAUAUUGAGGAGUUUCAGGUAAGGUUGUCUGCAAAAAUUGUUUUGGACAGUUUUUACCUGCUCAGUUUCUUUUUCUUUCUUUCUUUUUUUUUAAGAACAUCUCACAUUUGUCGUUUGCCAUAAAGCUUAUUCUAAAUCUCCUUCCAGUGAGUGUUUCUCCAUCGAGUUGCGCGCGGCCAAUAACAGUCACAAACAGAAAAUGGAGGAAACCCCUUUCACUGAUUUCAACGCAAACAAUAUCAAGACCCCCUUUUUAUGCACAGCAGCACGUCUCUGUUAGAGUUUUCACUUUCCUACAAGAUGGAUCCCCAACAGCAAAAUAAUGGAUUUGGACCGCUGACUAAGCCUCGAGGAAAGGCUGCCGUAAUAACUGCGUCGUUUGUGAUCGUUCUAUCUGGUGCUCUUCAUGUCAAGUUCGCACAUUCUUCGGGGGAAAAAGAAAGCAGAGAUGAAAUUCAUUUCCUACUUUUUGGAUCUGCGCUUCUAAUUUUGAGUUUAGUUCUAAGAGAGGUGGUGCGAAGAGUGUGUCUGGUGACGGAAGAAAUUCGCCACAAGCAAUCUCGAUAUAAAGGAAGCUGGAAGAUGGUGUUUACUUCCACUUUCACUUUCAGAUAUGGCCGAACUGUUUUGAUGGUUGGUAUUACGUCCCUUCUGAUAUUGUCUUAUAUCUUGUACGAACAUUGCAACACAUUCUGCCGUUCAGAAUACGCGAUCCUUUUCUCGCUUAACUGCUUCCUUGCACCACAGGUAUUGUUUCUUGUCGGUUUACAAGAAAUUUCUCACGUGGAACUGUCACAAAUCAACGAAAGUAAUAACAAAAAUGUGGCUGAUGGUCUAGCUUGGGGCUACUAUUUUGGCUACUUAAAGAUGGUGCUUCCGAUUCUUGAUGAUAGGAUCGGGCAAUCGGAAUACAGGUACCAGAUUACGAAAAAAAAGCUGUUCAUUUUGAUUCCAAAAUCAUGCUACAUAUACGAUCAAAUUGAGGAAGCAGACCCAAGAAUAAAAUUGGCAGGAAGUCUCACCUUAAUGGAGAGAAAUCGAGGUGGAGUAUCGAAGCGAACCUACAAGACCAGUGUUCACCGAAUAGAAAUGCCACGCCCAGAUGGAGGGACCGAUGAAUAUCACGUGGUUCUGGAGUAUGCUGUCUCCUUGAGGUCCCUGUACGAUAUGUCCCAGCAAGCAGAAUGUGGAAUGAGUCGCCAAGAGCGAGAUGAGCAGGUAACUUGAUCCAAAGCAAACUAUAAAAUACUCAAAAGAAAACGGAUGAUCUAUAACCAGGAUUUAUGAUAUGAAAUGUUAAAGCUAAAAGGUUUUACACAAAAACCCAGUUUAUGAUAACCAGCUAUGAAAGUAAAGAUAUAUAUGAAGUUUUGUAUAUUUGAUAUGCGGGAUAGAGAUUUAGGGCGUAAAAGACCAUAUCACAGGUGUGUGUGCAACUUAAGCAGUUGCAAAAAGAAAGCCCCCCCCAAAAAUUUAGGCUUGAAUGGGAGGCAACUGCUUAAGUUGUGUACAUGCCUGUGAUGGUCUUUCAAGUGUCAACAACCAGUGACUGUUGUCUGAAAUGGAUAAAAAGUGAAAGAAGGGAACCAGAAGAAAAAUUGGAUGGGAGGCUUGCAGUUUGAAAAAAUAUUUUACAGGUGGGCACCCACUAGAGGAACCCUCCCUGAUGUUCUCAAAUUCAAGGUAGCACAUGCCCAGACCCAACCAGGGUCUCUCCUCUCUCGCUUGGGCAGGAAGAUGAGAGGCCCUGGGAACGAGGUUGACUCAAACCCAACAUGCAUUGACCCCCUAAAACAACAGACUUUCAAUGGCUAAAAAAUGUCCCACUAAAAACGUUUACACAGUGAAACAUACUCAUAGGUUCCCUUUUGGCUAUGUCACAUUAAGCUACUGUUAAUAAAAGAAAUUAAAUAUCUUUCAUUUUGCACAAGAUGGUGAAGAAUUAUCUUUCUUAAUGAUGUCAGCAAUGAGUUUCUUAGGGUAUCUAUUAGACAGUAAACCAGAGUUAAUAUGAACAGUUUCAUUCUUUGGGUACUAACAGUGACUUAAUUUCCAUGCAAUACGGUAUUUCUUAUUGUUUGUUUGGUUGUUUUGUUUUUACCACCAACAGUCAUGUUCCUGCCUAUUUCACCUUACAUCUCCCACUUUGUUCACAAGCAUGGAUUUGCUGUGACUUAAUAGUACUGACAUCAGACAACAAUUCCAGGACCUAAAAUGAAACGUUUCCAACUUGUGUUUGACAAGUUUACUUUAUUUUAUUUAUUGUUAUUUUUUUGCUAAAUUUUAAAUCUUUUUCUUCUUAAUUUAACGUUAGCGUGAUAACUGUACAUAGUUUCUGCUGACUAUUAAAAAAAUGUAGAUGUAGAACUUGCAUGUAUGCCAAGUAAAUGCAUUUUUUACAUGGCCAAUGGGAGUAAACCCCCUUUAAUCAAAAUGACAAAUGAAAUGAAGGAACAAAUGAAGAGUACCUAAGGAAAUUUUAAAUUUUGCUGUCAGACAUUAACAUUUUUUAUAAAGAUGCUUUUCUUUUGAUAGGUGAUUCUGUUUAUCCGAAAAUUAAAAGAAAUUUUGGAUGGUUCUGAAGAAUGUCGCGGGACAUAUGAAUUAGUGGCAGUUUCAGGAGAAAAAAACGAAAUUGCAGAUGUGUUGGUACGGAUGCAUCAUGAUGCAAAUCUACGGCUAGAUGAAGAAGGUGAAGCUAAUGGCCCAUCUACAUCAAAGAUUAAACUUGUUUAAAAGCUGUUUAGUUAAACACGGUUCAAAAUUGUUUCUUUCAUAAAAGCUGCUUACUGACUUAAAAAGUUAAUUGCAAAUUUAGUUCAAAUUACAGGACAGGUUACUAAAUAUCACUUAAAUCCAGUGUAAAAAUGUGUGUUCCAGUUUUCUGUGUUUGUUUUUUGUUUUUUUUUAAACCUGGUUUAAUUAAAAGUGUUUAGUUGGUGUGAAUUGGGCAUAAGUGAACUUACUUACUAUCUGAUGAGUGGCAUCAACACAGUAUUAAAAGAAAUGUAUAAUUAUAUUCAGUUUGACCAAAAAAUUCACUGAAACCACAGUAGGGAGCCAGACUCACAACAGCCUAAUAGAAGCCAAAUAAAAGGGAUUUGUAGGGGAAUUUUUAUUGUAAGAUAGAUAAAACGCUUAAAGUGCACAUAAACAGC